AUGCAAGACUCUGUAGGGACAUUGUCUAAGAAGGUACCGGCUGACGGAUAUGUGCCUUUUUACCAGUGGCAGUAGCAGUGCCACUGGGACAAGUUGCUUCCGAAAAAAUUCAUUCUCUCGAUUCUUUUCCAAGCUUGAAUCCGAAAAACUCAUUCUCGAUUAUUUUCCUGCAAAUGCAAAUAAUAUGGUAUAAACAGCUAAGCUACCAACAAGAAAAGUGUCAAGUUUAUGAAAGAAGGAUAAAGUACAGCAUACAUUUAAAAAAACACUGCGUUGUGAUUGAUCACUUGAGGUAAAAUAUCACACACUUUCAAAAACAUUGCGUUCUGAUUGGUCGACCACUCGACAUCUGAUAAAACUUACUUGUGUAUUUUUCUCUGGCCUGAAAUAAAAUUGCUAUAAGAUAUUGUCAGUGUAGUUGAAGCAAAUUAUGCCUCCGAAACAUGCCCGUUAUAAAGAAUGGCAAUGAGACCCUAGUAUCCUGAUUCUGAAGCGAACACUUGCACGCUUAAAGAAAAAAGCCGAUGCCAAUGUUAUAGUAGUGCAAGCUGAUAGUGAUCAUGAUGAGUCAGAUUCAUUUGCCCGUGAGGAAGAUGCCAACAAUUCAAAUAGUAGUGAUGAUGAACAUUCUCAAGCUGAUGAAAACAGCCAUGCAAUACCAACUGCAAUAUUCGAUGAAGAGCCAGAACAGGCAGAUUUGGAACCAAAUGAGUAUGUUGUCUCAGACAGUGAAUUUGUUUGUGAAUCGGAAAGUAAGUCUUCUGACUCGGCUUCAGAUAUCCAGCCUGAUGUGUGUAGCAACAACGAAGUGAUUAAUCCAGGUGCCUCUAUCACAGUAUUUUAA